AUGCCCGGGGUGAUGGUGCUCAUUCUGGGGGCUGGUUUAUUGCUCUGUCCCCUGUGCACGGUGCAGGCUUUCGGGGAUGAAGUGGAGGAGAUGACCUGCGACCCGAUUCGCAUCAGUAUGUGCCAGGGUCUCGGUUACAAUGUCACCAAGAUGCCCAAUCUGGUCGGCAACGUGCUGCAGUCUGACGCCGAGCUGCAGCUGACCACGUUCACCCCGCUCAUCCAGUACGGCUGCUCCAGCCAGCUCAAGUUCUUCCUGUGCUCAGUGUACGUGCCAAUGUGUACAGACAAGGUCCCGAUCCCCAUCGGCCCGUGUGGCAGCAUGUGUCUGUCUGUCAAGCGAAAAUGCUUCCCAGUGCUUAAAGAGUUUGGCUUCAUAUGGCCCGAGGUGCUCAACUGCAGUGUCUUCCCGCCUCAAAAUGACCAUAACCACAUGUGCAUGGAGGGUCCAGGGGACGACGAGCCGCCCUUCCACCCUGCCCGGCCCAUUCCAGCCCAGGAGGAGGAGUGUCAGGCCCUGGGAUCCGCGUCCGAUCAGUACGCCUGGGUGAAACGGAGCGAAAGCUGUGCUCUGCAGUGCGGCUACGACAGCGGGCUCUACCGACGCGGUGCCAAAGUCUUCACCGACGCAUGGAUGGCUGUGUGGGCCGUGCUGUGCUUCGUGUCCACCAUGCUGACGGUGCUGACCUUCCUGUUGGACUCACAGCGUUUCUCCUACCCCGAGAGGCCCAUCAUCUUCCUGUCUAUGUGCUGCAAUCUGUACAGCGUUGCGUAUCUGGUGCGACUGACUCUGGGGAGAGAACGUGUUUCCUGUGACCUAGAAGAAGCAGCAGUACCAGUUCUAGUUCAAGAAGGAUUAAAGAGCACUGGAUGCGCCAUCGUUUUUCUUCUCCUCUACUUCUUUGGCAUGGCUUCCUCACUCUGGUGGGUGAUCCUGACUCUGACAUGGUUUUUGGCUGCUGGACUGAAGUGGGGCCACGAGGCCAUUGAAAUGCACAGCUCCUACUUCCAUAUAGCGGCCUGGGCCAUCCCAGCUGUUAAGACCAUCGUCAUCCUCAUCAUGAGACUGGUGGAUGCUGACGACCUGACAGGACUCUGUUACGUUGGCAACCAGCAGCAGGAGGCGCUCACGGGCUUCGUCGUGGCUCCGCUGGCCACCUACCUUCUCAUAGGUACCCUGUUCAUUUGUGCCGGCCUCGUGGCUCUUUUCAAGAUCCGCUCCAAUCUGCAGAAGGAUGGCGCCAAAACAGAUAAGCUGGAGCGUUUAAUGGUGAAGAUCGGAGUGUUUUCUGUGCUCUACACUGUUCCGGCUUCCACCGUCAUCGGCUGUUACCUGUACCAGCUCUCACACUGGGAGGACUUCAGGUCCAAUACACAAGACUCGUACGUCGCAUCGGAGAUGCUGCGGAUCUUCAUGUCGUUGCUCGUGGGCAUUACAUCGGGCAUGUGGAUCUGGUCAGCAAAGACCCUUCACACCUGGCAGCGCUGCUCUGCACGCUUACUCAGGGACAGAAGGGCAAAUCGAGCGGGAAAAAGGUCAGCGGGGAAAGGGUGGAUCAAACCAGGGAAGGGCAACGAGACAGUUGUGUGAAAGAAUGAGAUGAGAAAGCAAGACCGCAGACAGGGAUGAUGGACCUGCUUCUUUCUCACACAGCCACAAGAAAAAUGGGAGAAGGCAAAGGUCGAGAGAUGAACAUAGCGGGCGUUUGACAAGGUGUAAUGGCAGCAGAAUAGCUCUGGGUACACUAUACCUCACCACCUCUUAGUGACAAAGCCUCAAAGCAGGGACCCUUAAGUAUGGGGGGCGUUUAAGGAGGAGAAAAUGGGAGGACUGACACGUACCUAUAAGUAGCAAUAAGUAUAGCCUCUCUACCUCUGUUGAACUUUCAGUGCCCAGAGGGGUGGUGGAAGAAAUAAAGGACAAAGAGAUGGAGAAGGCAAAGCAUCAGUAUGCAGUUGAGACUGACGCACCACUAAGCUGUGCACCACCACACCUACCUCUCCGUCUCCCGGAUCUCCAUUCAGCAGGACUCUGAGCCCUCUGCACCUGCUCCGUAGAUACAGUAAACCUUGAUGGCAAUGUGUCUCUUUGGGCUCUUUUGAAGUUUUGUAUUUUACACUGGAUUGCUCUUGUGCAAAAGGUUAUGCAGACGAAAGCUGAGCUUACCCAAAAAAACAUCCGAUAAUGUGCACCCACACAGGAAAGACGGUGAAAUCUCAAACCAAAAGUAACAAAGACCCCAAAUACAGGAAUGUGACCUUAAAUCUGCAAGUGAGUUUACAUUGGAGCAAGGUUUUAUUUUGGUAAGUUGUAUGUUUGUUUUUAGAAUAUAAUUGAUGGAUUUUGCCCAUACUUUUGGGGGGUAAACCAGCUCUAAGCUGUGCUAAUGCACUAACAUACAUAAUAUAUAUAUAUAUAUAUAUAAUAUGUACUUUACAUGAAUGUCUGUACUCAUCACAAUUUACACAUUACCAGGGAGGUGGUUGGACUAUCAAACGUUAUGAGGCACAUAUCCUCAAACCGAGUCAUUUUUCAUGAUUAAUACUGCAUUAGUGAUACUUAAAAAUAACAGUGCUAUAAACCCAAACAGGCUUUACAUAAGUAAAUGCACAAUGUAAAUCAGCAAAAGCACAGGUGGAAUGUACUUAAAGGAGAGCAUUUUUUAACCUGGGCUCUGUUUUUAGAUGUUUUGGGAUUAUAUUUUCACUCAGGCCAAAAUAUAUAUUUCAUUUGCGCAGUACUUGUAUAUGCAUAUGCCGCUGUGGGCUAACCGGCUAAUACAUGUUGUUGGAUGGGUCAGUAAGAAACAGUCAGAGUAAACCACUUCUUGCCACCACUUAACGUGUGAAAACAGCAUUAGAAGUGUUUGGUUGCACAUACAGUUUCCCUCUGGAUGUACACGUGUGGAUAUUUACCUCAUGAACUGUUAAAAAAAAAACCUUUUUGAGAUAACUGAUUAUAUAGUUAGCCACUUACCUUGGCAUCUUAGCCAUCAGCUGGCACUGCUGUCGAGCCAGGCAUUACAAGACUUUCCGUUAAAGGGGAAGACAAGGAUAGACAGGUAUCUGUUUUUAUAUCUCUGGGUUCAUUUUUGCACUAGGGGCAAAAAUUAUUUUAAUCAUAGUAGUUUGAUUUACAAUGCAAGCACCAUCUGCCGUCUAGGGCUAAACAGAUACAUCAUUUAAUUGUUGGAGGCAAGCUAAAAAAAAAAGUGGUUCUUGUCACCACCGAAAAGGCAAAA